CUUCAGUGGCUUCAGACUCAAACGGGCGAUGUGCGCGGAAGCAGCUGAAGCACAGAACCUUUUAUACUCUUCAAUGAUAUCCAGGGGAAACUGCUGCUUCUCUUCUCUUCACUGCGAAUAGUAUCGGUUUUAGUCUCUGAAGCUCCAGCAUGACGAGGAAACCAGAGGCGCUUUCUCCCUUUUAACAACACGGAGGACAGCCACUUAGCUUAAAACAACAAAAAACAAAGUAGGUUAGCGACACGCUAGCUAGCGGUCCCGGUGUUAGUUUUUCUCGGUUUGACCGUCAUUUGGUUUACUGUCUAGACGCUGGUAUUACAUUUAUUUCCAGGUCAGCGUAAAAAAACUUUAAGCGGUUUUAAGGCUAUUUAACGAAGCUCAAGCUGCUAAUACAGGCUCGACUUGAACUUUCCAGGAGUGCUGCGUGAACACAAGUAAACGCUGGACUUUAUCUCAGUUUCAUUAAGGAGCUGAAUGGCCUCUCUUUUGGCAGUGAAAACUGAGAAGAGGCCUGCAGCUGAUUCUCAGGAUGCAGACUCAAAUGCCAAAAAGCCUAGGAAACUGCUGCCCAGCCUGAAGACAAAGCGAGCGCCUGAGCUGGUCCUGGUGAUCGGUACGGGGGUCAGCUCUGCGGUGGCCCCUCAGGUGCCGGCUCUCCGCUCCUGGAAAGGUCUCAUCCAGGCUUUGCUGGAUGCAGCCAAUGACUUCGAUCUUCUGGAGGAGGAGGAGAGCCGGCGUUUUCAGAAGCACAUGAGAGAAGAUAAGAAUUUGGUGCACGUGGCCCAUGACCUCAUUCAGAAACUUUCUCCGAGAACGGGCAACGUGAGAUCCACAUUCUUCAAAGACUGCCUGUACGAGGUGUUUGACGAUCUGGAGUGCAAGAUGGAGCACGCCGGGAAGCACCUCCUGCGGUCGGUGCUGCAGUUGAUGGAGAGCGGCGCUCUCGUCCUCACUACGAAUUUUGACAACCUGCUGGAGAUCUACGCCGCCCACCAGGGCACCAAGCUGGAGUCUCUGGAUCUGACAGACGAGAAAAAGGUGUUGGAGUGGGCUCAGGAGAAACGGAGGUUAAGUGUUCUCCACAUCCACGGCGUGUACACCAACCCCAGCGGCAUCGUACUGCACCCUGCUGGCUACCAGAACGUAUUGAGGAACACAGAAGUUAUGCGUGAGAUCCAGAAGCUGUACGAGACCAAGUCGUUUGUGUUCCUCGGGUGCGGGCGCACGGUGGACGACACAACCUUCCAGGCCUUGUUCCUGGAGGCGGUCAAACACAAGUCGGACCUGGAACAUUUCAUGCUGGUUCGGCGGGAGGACGUGGGCGAGUUCAAGAAGCUGCGCGACAACAUGCUGGACAAGGGCAUCAAGGUCAUCUCCUAUGGAGACGAGUACGGCGACCUGCCCGAGUACUUCGAGAGGCUGGCCAACGAGAUCUGCAACCGGGACGUGUCCACCAACGGCUGGGGGUCUCCCUCACAAAACGGGGAGGAGCAGCAGCAGAAUGGCUGCAGCACACAGAAAAGCCUCCUUCAAGACUAUCAUUCCUGACAGGUACACAAUUGGGAACAGUGUCAUUCUUUAUUCUCCUCACUUCUACAAAGACCACUCUACUCCAGGUAGCAAAGAAGUUUGGUUUUAUUGAACGGAUUUAGAAAGUUUUGUUCCAUUCUUGUGUUUGUUGGAGGGGAAAAAAUGAGAACGAGGGUUCGUUUCAUCAACCUCCCUCGCCCUAAGAUCACAGCUCUCACCAUACACAACGUCAAUGUCUCUGAAUCCUCAGCACGUGUGAAGACGAGCAGCUCGCUCUCACUUCAUGAUCCGAAACGACUGACUGGAGGAACGCAGCGAAACAAGCUGCAACACCUUGAACAACCUGCUCUGGAAGAACGUUUGAGGCACAGGCUGUAACAAGCAUUACAUAAUCCGACGCGAAAAGUCUGGUAUUUGUGGAGCGAUCACAUGAAACCUGAGCCCACCAGGUGGGGAAACACUCGGGUUCAAGUCUUCUCUCCGAGGCGCAGAUGAUAAACUGUUUCACUUGAUUUUUAAUUGUAAUUUCAGAUGUUCAUAGCAGUGCUAUGUCAGUAGCAAUCUCUGUCACUCCUGUGCUGAAUAUAAGAAAUGUUCUUUGUAAGCCUUUUUGUAUUUUUAAUACUCACAUGUUUUCUGACCUAGUAUUUAUAAAUACUAUUUUCCAAAUAAAGGUUUGGGUAUCUCAUU